AUGGCGCGGAUCCAGCCUGUGGUGGAUGAAAGAAUGGAUCCCUUUCUUGGUAGAUUGACUAGACCGGCCACCAUUAACCAAUCCUGGUGUACUGCUCAGAGUGGCCUGUCCUUGUUCAACGGGCCUUUUAACGAGUUCAAGGAUGCAAUUGUGCUGUCGUCAGGUUUGUUGUCCCACAAUUGCUGCUCUGAUGUCGCAAACAACUUUGAAGAAUUUGCAACUGUAGUUUCAAGGUUACAUCAGCACCUUCUGGAUGCAAAUGUAGAAGUUUCUUAUACAGAAUACUUAGAUUUGAUGAAAGUGGAAGUUGAUCAACAGCUUAAUAAGCUCUCCGAGGACAUAAGGGUCUUCAAAAGCUAUAACUUGGCUCACAAAUCUGAUGCAAAUGGUUCAUGCUGUACAGUAUGCCAUGUUGGGAAGCUAGCUGAGAUAGAUGAUGGGUUCAACAGCUUGAAGUUCCUGCUGGUUGUGGUGUUCCGACAAAUUAGAGAGAUGCUCACAGUGGUCAUUUCUUCAAUCAAUGAUCUUCAGUGGGAGCAUGAGUUACAGUUAGAAGUUACCGGCAUUAUUAUUGGAGACUGUGUUAGAGGUCUUCGGGGUGAACUCGAGAGGAAACUGUAUGAGCACAGUUCCAUGGUGAACAGUCUAAGAAAAAACUGGCAGGAAACUGUGGCGCAGUGUGCUUCCAUACGUGAAGACCUGAUUGCUAUUUCUAAUAUUCUGUUACCUUCUGAAGAGGAACCACAAAUUUCCCUCUGUAGGCAUGAAAGUUUGGGUAACUGGAGCGACAGAUGGAAGUUCAGAUUUUUCAGAAAGCGAACACACCAGGAUCACUCUCUGUCUUCCGGGGAAAGCCAGAAUUCUGCAACACAGAAAUCUAUAAGUCCCAGUGAAGUUAUAUCAGAAAGAUCUGACUUCCGACAUCUGAAGGGCAUGACUAGACAAGAAAUGCUUAACUAUUUCAGAUCCGAGAUCAGUAAAUUAAAAAGGCUGCAUGAGUUGGAUUUGCAAGAGAAAACAGAAGAGCUGUUCAAAUUCAAACGAGAGAAAUGGUCAUUGGCUCUUAAAUAUGAUGUAGAAUUUGAGCCUUUAAGGAGGAAAUUCCCUGAGGUCAUUUCAAGAUUUGACCAAAUCAUGUCCAAUGGAAUGGCAGCAGCAGCACCUACAAUCUGCAGUAACAGUGAUGCACUUGAUGAAAGGAGCAAAUUGAACAGUAGCAUUGAUUUGCUAUACCGUGAAAACCAGCAUCUUCGGUGUUUGCUUGCAGAGAAGACAAAGAAUAUUCAGGAAUUAUCGAGCCAAAUAUCUGAUGCCACCAGGAAAAUGUCACUUCAAUAUUCAUUAGAAAAACAACUUUUGAGACAAAUCAACAGCACUAAAGUAGAAUAUGAGGAUCUUUUCGUUGAAAGUACUAUCAGAGAUGAAAUUUACCAAACUGUUACGAGAAAAUUGGUUGGUAGUCAUAGGAAUGCCUUGGAGGAUACUGCGCAAAGUUUCCGUGCAAAAGUGUCCUCACUUGAAGCCACGCUCUCAGAAAAGGGCAAGGCAUUGUGUUUAUCUAAUGAAGAAAACCAGAAGCUAAAGGAAAAGUUGUCAAUGCUAGAAAAAGAGCAUUCCAUCCAAAAUAACCAGCAAGAUCUAGAGCUAAUCAAGCAAGACAGUGAGGAAAUGAUUCUCCGUGAUAUUGAGAUGGAGCCACAAAGAUCAUGUGAGAUUUCUGAUCCAGAUAUACAGUAUGAAGAGCUCAUCAAGCUGAAUCAGGUUUUAGAAAUUGCCUCAACCACCGUAAAGGAAAUGGAAACAAAAAGGUUGAAUCACAGUGAUAUCCUAGGUAAAAGAGAGCAAGAAAAACAGCUUGAUUGCAUCCUGGUAUCUAUCAUGGAUUUGUCAAAAGAAUUUGUGGAGAUUGAACAUAGAAUGCCAGAAGAUAUAAAAGGAAACGAGAAAAAGACUGAAAAUCUGAAUGAUCGAUGCAACCAUAUGGUACAACAGGCCAUCGUACUGACAAAGAAGGGCCUGUGGUAUAAGCAAAUGCUUGACACAAGAUGUUCUGAGCUUCGAAAAGCUGAAUCUGAGGUCGACAUUAUGGGAGACAAGGUUAAUGCACUCUUGAGUCUUGUUCAAAAGAUAUCCGUAACUCUUGAGCACUACUCUCCUGUUUUUCAGCAUCAUCCUGUGCUAUUGGAUGCUUUCUUGAAGACAUGCAAACUUGUUGCAGGUAUAAGAAGCAGACAAAAGAGGACUUACAAGAUACAACAUAAGUUGGAGCAGCAAGUUAUACUGUCGCUGCUCACUCUGCAGAUGAUCGGAUUCACGUCCUGUAUGAUGUAUGUAGAAGUGAAUACACCUUCUAAUGUACAAAUUAUGAUAGUUCAAAUUCUGUGA